AUGGCUACAAAUACUACGAUUACAAAUAGUCUUAUCGAUAUUGGCGCAAACCUUACACAUAAAUCACUAAAACAUCAUCUGCCUUUAGUUUUACAACGAGCUAAUAAUGCUCAAGUUUCACAUAUUAUCAUAACAGGUACAAGUAUAUCAGGCAGCCGUGAAGCAAUAGGCAUUGCAACAAGACAUAAUCGAGAACAACAAAAUGUUAAACUUUAUUCGACUGUUGGUAUUCAUCCGCAUGAUGCUACACGUCAUGCAACAUAUAAUUAUCGAGAACAACUUGUUAACUUAUUAACAGCAAAUAGAAACAUUGUUGCUGUAGGAGAAUGCGGUCUUGAUUUUGAUCGUAAUUUUUCGUCACCUGACGAUCAACGAUCUGUAUUCAAUACACAAUUAGAACUUGCUCGUGAAUUUAAUCUUCCGUUAUUUAUGCAUGAACGAUCAGCGUCGAACGAUAUGUUAUCCAUAUUGGAAAAAUAUUCGCAACAUGAAAAUUUUCAUGGCGUCAUUCAUUGUUUUACAAAUGGAACUCUUGAUGUUCUUCAAAAAUAUCUCGCACUUAAUCUUUAUAUUGGUAUAACUGGUUGGGUAUGUGACGAUAGGCGCGGUAAAGAUUUAGCAAAAUUAAUUCCACAUAUUCCAUUGGAUCGUCUUUUAAUUGAAACGGAUGCACCAUUCUUAUUACCACGCAAUAUGCCAAGGCCUUGGCCAAGUCAAAAUGAACCAAGUUGUUUACCUUAUGUAGUGAAGAAAUUAGCUGAAUGUUAUUCGGUUUCAGCCGAUGAAAUUGCUAAACAUACAGCUGAAAAUGCAAAGAAACUUUUUAAAUUGUAA